AUGAAUACCGCAAAGCCAUUGACGAAAUCAAUUUUCAGGACCGAAUAUGCUGUGGAGAUGACUUGUGAUUCAUGUGUUCAAUCUGUAAAACGUGUUUUAGAUCAAAUUCCAGAAAUUAACCAUUUUGACAUUGAUCUCAAAGAUCAGAAAGUCAUUGUUGAAGGAACAGCGCCCCCCUCUGUUGUUUCAAAGAAAUUGAAAGAAACGGGUAAGACAGUAAUUGUACGCGGGCAAGGCACGGUUCAAGGUCAGCAUGCUGGUGCAGCAGUAUGUAUCUUUGAAGAUUACACAUACACGCCAGACCAAAGCGAACAAACCCCAAGAAAGCCGCAAGGACUUGCUCGAUUAGUUCAAAUAGAUGAUGAGAAUUGUCUGAUUGAUAUCACAGUGCAGGGGAUAUCUCCGGGAUAUCACGGAGUUCACAUACAUGAAUUAGGUGAUAUUUCAAGAGGACCAGCAAGUACCGGAGAUCAUUACAAUCCUGAUAAUGUUGAACAUGGAAACAUUGAAACAGGUCAUAUUGGAGAUCUUGGAAAUAUUUAUGUUGAUGAAAAUGAAUGGGGUGAUUUGGUAGUAGAAAGUAACAGGAUCAAAGUGUGGGAUGUUAUUGGAAGAUCUAUGGUUAUUUCAUGUGGAAAGGAUGAUGAAGGAAAAGGGAAUAACGAUCAAAGUAAAAUUGAUGGGAAUUCCGGUCAUGGGUUAAUUGCCGGUAUUAUUGCAAGAUCUGCUGGCGCUUUUGAAAAUAUGAAGAAAGUUUGUGCCUGCUCUGGCAAGACCCUUUGGGAAGAAGCCAGAAUUAAAGAAAAUCUUUGA